AAUAGACUUUGAUUCUGACCCCUUCGGCUAAGAUGUUUUGUUUGUAAAGUCACUGGAGUCGAGACAAUUCGUGUUCUAGAACCUUUAGCGACCCCGAAACCUCGAAGCUUGACUUCACGUCACCCAACUUCAAUUUACGCGUCAGGAACACAACGAUGGCACCACGACAGCUUUCCAAUCUCCCCGCUGUGCGGAAGCAGCAUUUACUUGUUGAAUUCUCGAGUCUCAAGUACGCCUGUCCACAUGGCGUCUUCAUGUCCCUCACACCGGGCGAUCCAACCCUCUGGUCCGGCGUACUCUUCAUACGUAAAGGACCCUACGCCCCUUCCAUCCUACGCUUCCAAAUCUCCUUCCCACCAACCUACCCACUUCUCCCACCCCUCGUAACCUUCUCUACCGACAUCUUCCACCCUCUCAUCACACCCCUCACAACCUACAUGUACACAACAGAUAUUCAAGACGGCGGUACCGUGUCAGCAACAGACGAGGAGAGGCUUCCACCCGGUGGCUUCUCCCUACGUCACGGCUUUCCAGGGUGGUUUGGACGUGCGAGUCGACGGAGUGCGGAGCGCUCGAGAGGCGCAAGUGGGCAGCUGCAGACGCCUGGGAGAGCAGGAGGGAGCUGGAGCGGGGUAUCAAGUCCGGGCAGCGGGUUCAGUGGGAUGAGCGGGAGUCCUACGCCUGGAACUGGGACGACAGCAAGUGGUGAUGGGGUGGGGAGGAAGGAUGAAGUAAGCACGUACGAUGUGCUGAGGUAUAUACGGAGUACAUUUGAUGACGAUGCCGUAUUGGAUCAGGUUCCACUUGAGGCGGCGGGGAAUCCGGGGGCGUGGCAUGCGUGGAGGAGUUACAGGACAAAAGCAGGGAAGAUAUUACCUGCUCUCACUGUACCUGGGACGACUAUGCCGAAUGUCGGGGACGGAAAGGAUAAAGAGAAGGGUGCUUGGGCUGAUGGAUCGAGUGAUGAUGGAAGUAGUUCAGGCGUCCCAGAUGGAUAUCAGAGAUUGGCCGGAGGUACAAGUGCGCCUAUGGCUGCUAGAAGACCUGGAGAAUGGAAUUGGGAGGGUGUAUGGGAAGUUAGGGUUCGGAAGGGAGUCGAUAAUAGUGUGGCUGAAGCGGUGCUUUUUGGAAGAGAUGCAGGAGAUGAUUUGAUUCGGUUCUUGAAUCUGGACGAAGGGGAGGUGGAGGGUGUCAUGGAGCAGGUAAGGGCGACUGUUGAGGCUGGGGAUGACGUGCAGAGGAGGGGAAUUGUAUAACAUGUCGUCUGAAGUUGCAUGAUGUGCUACUCUGCUGCUGUGCAGCUCUUUAAAGAGGGGCGUUUGAGCAGAGUUCUAUUUGGAGCCGAUGUUAGUAUGAGAUACCCAUUCGCAAUUUAAAGUUGAGUAAUCUAUCCUAUGUUCACGAUCACUUACAUUUAAGG